UGUCCUUUUCUUCAAUCUUCAUUUCUUUAUUGCGAUUUUGAGCUAGCUACCGGCCAACCAUGGUCGUUCUUGGGUUUUUGCCCAUUGUAUUACCUCUCAUUUUAUUAGGAAUAAGCUUGGCCUUUGUUCUCCCUCGUUUUCUCACAAGAAACAAGCCUGCAAACGUACCCAAUGGAACCAUGGGCUGGCCUCUCUGUGGAGAGACUCUUGCCUUUCUCAAGCCUCAUAGAUCAAACUCCAUGGGCACCUUCUUGCAAGAACGCUGCUCUAGGUAUGGGAAAGUUUUCAAAUCACAUCUCUUUGGUUCUCCUGCUAUAGUUUCUUGUGACCAUGAGUUCAACUUGUUUAUCCUUCAGAAUGAAGAGAAGUUGUUUCAAGCCAGCUACCCCACAGCCAUGCAUGGCAUUCUUGGCAACUUCUCAUUACUUCUCGUCUCUGGAGACCUUCAUAAGAAGCUAAGAAGCAUCGCUGUUAGCUUCAUCGCGGUGUCAAAGUCGACCCCCAGCUUUCUUCAUUGUGUGGAAAAGUUUGCUAUCUCAAUGAUGGAAUCAUGGAAAGAGUGUAAAGAAAUUGCCUUUCAUAAAGAAGUUAGAAAGUUUACACUCAAUCUCAUGGUGAAGACCCUUCUAAGUAUUGAACCAGAAGAACCAGUAGCCUCCAAGAUACUAAAAGAUUUUCGAACUUACAUGAAAGGGUUUGUAUCUUUGCCACUAGACUUUCCUGGAUCUCCUUAUACAAAAGCAGUAAAGGCAAGAGCAAGACUUUCUUCCACUGUCAGAGAGAUUAUUAAAGAAAGGGAAAAGGAGAUCAGUGUGGCGCCAAAAGGAGACUUUUUGGAUGUUAUUUUAUCAAAACAGAGGCUAAGCGAUGAAGAAACUAUAAGUAUUGUAUUGGACAUCUUGCUUGGAGGCUAUGAGACAACCUCGACACUCAUUUCUUUAAUUGUUUACUUUCUUGGGCAUGCACCGGCGGCUUUUGAAAGCGUGAAGAAAGAACAUGAAGCUAUAAGAAGAAGCAAAGAGGAUGGCAAACCCUUGGACUGGGAAGAUUACCAAAAAAUGGAGUUUACCCAAAAUGUCAUGUCAGAAGCUAUGAGAUGUGGGAACGUUGUCAAGUUUGUCCACCGCAAAGCUCUUCAAGAUGUCAAAUAUAAAGAAUAUUUCAUUCCUUCAGGAUGGAAAGUCUUACCAGUGUUUACAGGGGCACAUUUUGAUCCAUCCCUUCAUGAAAACCCUUUCGAGUUUAAUCCGUGGAGAUGGACUGAUAAAGCGACAAGCAAAAAGGUGGUGCCAUUUGGUGGUGGACCUCGGCUAUGUCCAGGGGCCGAGCUAGCUAAAGUGGAGAUUGCAUUCUUCCUCCAUCAUCUUGUCCUUUGUUAUAGGUGGGAAAUAAAAGCAGAUGAGUUCCCUGUUGCUUACCCUUAUGUGGAAUUCCGCAAAGGAUUGCUUUUGGAGAUUGAACCAGCAGGCAGGCACAAACCAUAAUGGGAAAGGAAAGGCCGGGACUGCAGAACCUUGAUUAAUUACAGUUAAUGGUUGAACAUCAAUGUAUGUUGAAAGAAAUUGUUAUGAGGUCAGAUUUAAUUAGUGUAAUUAAUUAGUCAGCUGUAGAAAGAAGAAAAUGGAGUGGUAAUUAAGAAUUUAAGUUGUAGAAAUUUCAGCAUAUGGAAUUUAAAUAAUGCUAGUGAUUUCUAGCAAGUAAUUUUCUCUUUA